AUGAAUACAAAACAACGAGGUUAUUUAUUCUUAAAUGCUUUAGAAGAUUUUAUUACUAAUUAUAAUUAUGUUGCACCAAUUGAAGAUGAAUAUAUAGAUUAUGAAGAUAAAACAUUACCAGAAGAAAUGGAUGAUGAAACAUUUGAUGAAGACGAUAAAUGUUCUAUGGUGGAGUGUAAUGAUGAAAAGGCAUAUAAAGAAUUUUUAAAAAUAACAAGACUUCAUCAAAAACAAUUACAAGAAAAGAAAAAUGAAAGGAUUCAAAAAAAUGAGUUAACAGAGAUUGAUUUUAAUGCUCCAAUAUUUAAAUUAUAUGGAGAGGAAUUUUUUUGGGCUGAUAAAGUUGGUGUAGAAGGGUUAAAAAUUAUUUCAUCAGAAUUACCAAAUGAGCAAGCAAAGAAAGAAGCACGUAAAAAAGAAAAAGAAGAAUUGUAUGGUGGUAAAGCUCUUGAUAUUAUGGCAUUUGAAGCUAAUAUGACUUUAAAUUUUAAAGAAAUUUAUAAUUCAUUGAAUCCUCCCUUGUAUCCAUGUGUUAGUUUAAGAAUUGGUAAAUAA